CGUCGCAACAACUACUCUAACACAACACUUUGCUCUAAUUCGGGUGUCGGGCUAAUAUCGCACUCGGUGUUUCACAUGGUUGCUCGCGCUGUUUGUGUUUGGCUUUGGCCGUAAAUAAGGGAGUGUAGAAAGGGCGGGAGACACCGCACGGCAGCACUGUUGAGGUCGAUACGCAAAGGAGGAAUCGCUCAGUCAGUCGGCUCCGAGGGCAGCAGCAGCACGCUGGAGCUUCGCGAGUCGUCGUCGUCCAAACGCACGAUGCACAACCAAGUGGAGCCCGAGGAGGCGGUCUCGCCCGCCUCGCCGCAGACUACUGUCCACAUCUCGACGCAGCAGCACAAACCUGUGGCUCCCACCUCCUCCAGAAGCGACUACAGACAUUCCAUCAUAGGAGCUGAAGACGUAACAGAUGUGGAAAUCGGCAUUUGCGGAUGGAUACUGACCGUCUUCUCUUGGAUCAUCGUGUUCUGCACAUUACCAUUUUCCCUUUGUGUCUGCUUCAAGGUGGUGCAGGAGUACGAGCGCGCCGUCAUCUUCAGGCUUGGUCGCCUGCUCUCCGGCGGCGCCAAAGGACCAGGCAUAUUCUUCAUCUUGCCGUGCAUUGAGACGUACACCAAAGUCGACCUACGCAGCAGUGUGUUUGAUAUUCCACCACAGGAGAUUCUGACGCGUGACAGCGUGACGGUGUCUGUCGACGCGGUGGUCUACUACCGUGUCUCCAACGCCACCGUGUCGAUCGCCAACGUGGAGAACGCGCACCACUCGACCCGUUUACUGGCACAAACCACUCUCAGGAACAUCCUAGGCACGCGACUGCUGCACGAGAUCCUUUCCGACAGGGAAAACAUUCAGGCGUCGAUGCAGAGUUCCUUGGAUGAGGCAACAGACGAAUGGGGCAUUAAGGUAGAACGAGUGGAGAUCAAAGACGUGCGCUUGCCCGUGCAACUGCAGAGAGCAAUGGCGGCCGAGGCCGAGGCGGCUCGCGAGGCUCGGGCCAAGGUGAUCGCCGCCGAGGGUGAGCAGAAGGCGUCCAGGGCCCUGAGAGAGGCCAGCGAGGUCAUCGGUAACUCGCCGGCCGCGCUGCAGCUCCGAUACUUGCAGACGCUGAACACGAUUUCGGCGGAGAAGAACUCGACGAUAGUGUUUCCGCUGCCCAUAGAUCUGCUGACGUACUUCUUGAAGGCGAGAGGAGCGGCCGAUGCGGCGCAGGCGGCCGCCUCCGCGUCCAAGUAGGCCUCCAUUCCUCCGCUCGCUCGGCCUCAAGCCGUGUCGUCGUUAAACUCUCGUCAUCUCCAUCCUCUAUCUCCCUCGUGCGGCGCCGGCAAUUAGUUCGCAUUUGCUGCGACAACUCGCUUUGCGAAACCAACUUUCUUCUUCCGCGCGCGUAUCUUUUCUUUUCCGACCCCUUUUUUGUUUUGUCUUCUUGUAUUGUACUAACCACGAGUCUCCUUGUGUCUGCCUGCACUCUUUGAAUUUUGCUCAGCAUUUAAGGAGGAAGAGUCUCUCUGGCCAAAUGUACAGCCCAGCUCGCUCGCGUGUGUCGCUGAAUCUCAAAUCUAGUCAUUUUAUUAUCGUCUUGAAAUGGCAUCGUAAGAAGUUAGUCUAAUUUCUUUGUAAUUUAUUACAAUGAGACAACGAUAAAUCUUUUUUUAAUUUUUGUGUUAAAAAAGACGUUUUCGGGAAAUCAAAUAACACCAACAACAGUUUUUCAGCAUCACAUUUUAAAACAUUUUGAUAUUAUUUGAAUUGUUGGUGGAAAAAUUAAUUAAAUAGCAUCAAAAUGAGUGAAAUCUGGAAAGAGGAGAUAAUUCAGGCUAUUUUAUAGAUCUUCUGUUGAAAUUUUCUCAUUAACAGGUGGAUUGAUAAAAAGGGCAGAAAUUAAUUGGAAAUUAUUUGAAUAAAUUGUUAGACGCAAUAAGCAGGUGAUAGAUAAAAAUUUGUUCUACAAUUUUCAACAAUAAUAAAGGAUAUUGCUACAGAAAAAAUUCAAAUUUUUCAAAUUUUCUCCAAAAUUUACAGCGGUUGACCACAUUUUCUUGGUGAAUAUCGAUUCCUCUCUUCGAGACCUGCUACAGCGUACAAAAUACGAAACCCUUUAUGGAAACUCUUUGUUGUGAAAUAAAACAGGAUUUUAAGUAAGGAGACAGUUCUCACCAUUUGAAAAGCGAGCAAACUUUGGAGCCAUCACUUUUCAAAAAAAAAAAAAAAAAAAUACGCUGCUACUUUGGCUUCAACUGAAUCCUAAGGGAUGAGUUCAUGCAUUAGCAACAAGGAUUUUCCAGGCGUUUGCAAUAUCAAUCCUCUUUAAGUGAUUUGUCUCCCUCUCAUCUAGUCUAUUAUCUACACCAUUACUAAAUUUGAAAAAAAUAUUAAUUAUUUAUUAAACGCAAUACGCGUGCAACAAUUUUCCAAUAUUAAUUUUCUUAUCGAAAAAAGCACAACGAUCAAGGGACACGUUGACGAUCGAGUGGGCUCGGGAUGCGGCCAUCCACAAAAACCGUGCAUGGGUCCAUUUUUACCAAUUUUAAUGUAUGUCUUGAGUGUGCAAUGCCAUAUAAAACACGUGUUUGUCUGACCGUUUUUGCAAAUUUUGAGAAACGUGCUUUCUAAGUGUUGCCUACAUUUCUCCCUCUCGCACAAGCUUCAAUGCUGUGGCUUGCAGGUGCAGCUUUAUCGACAUAUACAUUUAAUUAUUGUUGAGUAGUUUAGCAAAUUUGUGGCCGUUCAUAGCUCGCUCAAACAAGAUCAUUUUGCUUGGAAGAAUUUUGAGAAAGACAAUCACCAUAUUCCGGUUGAAGACAUAAAUGCUUUUCUAGUGUGUCAUAGAAGAAAAUUGAAUCUAUACACAGCGUUUGCAUUCGUUUCAAUUCCAGGUGGAUUUUUCAGUGUUACGCAUUCACUCUGUCACGCAUUAAAUGGAUGUUCAAACGUGUAAAACAAAUACCUCGAGUUCGUUUGUUCAUGUAACAUUUUCAAAAUGUGUCAAAAUGGAAAAAAGAUGGUGCCAAGUUAAGAAUGUUAACUCUGCAUGUAUAGGAAGGUGGGUCGUGGCACGGUGUAUAGUGCAGGAGACAUAAAACGCGAGACCACUAUUAUAGGAAAUGGAUUUGACAAAGAAGCGAACGUAAAAUACGUAUAAAUACCUUAUAUAUUGUAAAACACUGUGUUUGAUGUGGUUUAUAUUUCCCGAAUUUUAUCGAUGUUAAUUGAAGUAUAAAUAUAUCUGAUAUUUUAUGUACGUGUUUGCUUGAUUCUCUAUAUAUAGGUGUCUAUCACGGUCUAAUCAUAAUCAACACACUAAACAUCAGAGUCUGCUUGUUUGGCGAAACGCUCGCGUGCAAUGCAAUUGUCUCGCGCACACGCCGCAGACUUUGACUAAUUUAAUGGGCUGUGCAACCGUGAAAUAUAUUAUAUUUAAACACACUGUGUAAAUGCUGCAAUUGAGAAAAAAACAAUUCUGUAUACAGUCAUUAAAUGUGCGAUAGACAUUA